AUGACACAAGGAUCAGAAGGAGUUCUACUAGAAAACACCAAGGAGGAGAGCGGAGGAGGAGAGUCAAGGAGGAGGAGAAGGAGAGCGGAGAAGGAGAGCGGAGGAGGAGAGCUGAGGAGGAGGAGAGCCGAGGAGGAGAGCGGAGGAGGAGGAGGAGAGCCGAGGAGGAGGAGAGCCGAGGAGGAGAGCGGAGGAGGAGGAGAGCGGAGGAGGAGAGCGGAGGAGGAGGAGAGCCAAGGAGGAGGAGAGCGGAGGAGGAGAGCGGAGGAGGAGAGCGGAGGAGGAGAGUGGAGGAGGAGAGCGGAGGAGGAGAGUGGAGGAGGAGAGCGGAGGAGGAGAGCGGAGGAGGAGAGCGGAGGAGGAGAGCGGAGGAGGAGGAGAGUGGAGGAGGAGAGCGGAGGAGGAGGAGAGCCGAGGAGGAGAGCGGAGGAGGAGAGCGGAGGAGGACGAGAGCCAAGGAGGAGAGCUGAGGAGGAGAGCCAAGGAGGAGGAGAGUGGAGGAGGAGAGCCAAGGAGGAGGAGAGCGGAGGAGGAGAGCCAAGGAGGAGGAGAGCGGAGGAGGAGAGCCAAGGAGGAGAGCCGAGGAGGAGGAGAGCCAAGGAGGAGGAGAGCCGAGGAGGAGGAGAGCCGAGGAGGAGGAGAGCGGAGGAGGAGGAGAGUGGAGGGGCGGGUCAGGGCGGGUCAGCGGCGGUACGGGUGGAAGCCCGCAACGUUGUGGUUCUGUCCCCGCCCAAAGGCCCCGGGAGCGGCCUGAGGGACUUGUGCUGUGGCCGUCCCAUAGGCGGCGGGCUGCGAAGGCAACACACUGGUCAUAACCUGCAACACAACAGCAAGACACUGGUGUCCCCCUCUUCCCUCUCCCCCUGGGUCUCACACGUCCCUCUCCCCCUGGGUCUCACCCGUCCCUCUCCCCCUGGGUCUCACCCGUCCCUCUCCCCCUGGGUCUCACCCGUCCCUCUCCUCUCGGGUCUCACCCGUCCCUCUCCUCUCGGGUCUCACCCGUCCCUCUCCCCCUGGGUCUCACCCUUCCCUCUCCCCCUCGGUCUCACCCGUCCCUCUCCCCCUGGGUCUCACACGUCCCUCUCCCCCUGGGUCUCACCCGUCCCUCUCCCCCUGGGUCUCACCCUUCCCUCUCCCCCUGGGUCUCACCCGUCCCUCUCCUCUCGGGUCUCACCCGUCCCUCUCCCCCUGGGUCUCACCCGCCCCUCUCCCCCUGGGUCUCACCCUUCCCUCUCCCCCUGGGUCUCACCCUUCCCUCUCCUCUCGGGUCUCACCCGUCCCUCUCCCCCUGGGUCUCACCCGUCCCUCUCCCCCUGGGUCUCACCCGUCCCUCUCCCCCUGGGUCUCACCCGUCCCUCUCCCCCUGGGUCUCACCCGUCCCUCUCCUCUCGGGUCUCACCCGUCCCUCUCCCCCUGGGUCUCACCCGUCCCUCUCCUCUCGGGUCUCACCCGUCCCUCUCCUCUCGGGUCUCACCCGUCCCUCUCCUCUCGGGUCUCACCCGUCCCUCUCCCCCUCGGUCUCACCCGUCCCUCUCCCCCUGGGUCUCACACGUCCCUCUCCCCCUGGGUCUCACCCUUCCCUCUCCCCCUGGGUCUCACCCGUCCCUCUCCUCUCGGGUCUCACCCGUCCCCUCUCCUCUCGGGUCUCACCCGUCCCUCUCCCCCUGGGUCUCACCCGCCCCUCUCCCCCUGGGUCUCACCCUUCCCUCUCCCCCUGGGUCUCACCCGUCCCUCUCCUCUCGGGUCUCACCCGUCCCUCUCCCCCUGGGUCUCACCCUUCCCUCUCCCCCCGGUCUCACCCGUCCCUCUCCCCCUGGGACUCACCCUUCCCUCUCCCCCUGGGUCUCACACGUCCCUCUCCCCCUGGGUCUCACCCGUCCCUCUCCCCCUGGGUCUCACCCGUCCCUCUCCCCCUGGGUCUCACCCGUCCCUCUCCCCCUGGGUCUCACCCGUCCCUCUCCUCUCGGGUCUCACCCGUCCCUCUCCCCCUGGGUCUCACCCGUCCCUCUCCUCUCGGGUCUCACCCGUCCCUCUCCUCUCGGGUCUCACCCGUCCCUCUCCUCUCGGGUCUCACCCGUCCCUCUCCCCCUCGGUCUCACCCGUCCCUCUCCCCCUGGGUCUCACACGUCCCUCUCCCCCUGGGUCUCACCCUUCCCUCUCCCCCUGGGUCUCACCCGUCCCUCUCCUCUCGGGUCUCACCCGUCCCUCUCCUCUCGGGUCUCACCCGUCCCUCUCCUCUCGGGUCUCACCCGUCCCUCUCCCCCUGGGUCUCACCCGCCCCUCUCCCCCUGGGUCUCACCCUUCCCUCUCCCCCUGGGUCUCACCCGUCCCUCUCCUCUCGGGUCUCACCCGUCCCUCUCCCCCUGGGUCUCACCCUUCCCUCUCCCCCCGGUCUCACCCGUCCCUCUCCCCCUGGGUCUCACCCGUCCCUCUCCCCCUGGGUCUCACCCGUCCCUCUCCCCCUGGGACUCACCCUUCCCUCUCCCCCUGGGUCUCACACGUCCCUCUCCCCCUGGGUCUCACCCGUCCCCUCUCCCCCUGGGUCUCACCCUUCCCUCUCCCCCUGGGUCUCACCCGUCCCUCUCCCCCUGGGUCUCACCCGUCCCUCUCCCCCUGGGUCUCACCCGUCCCUCUCCCCCUGGGUCUCACACGUCCCUCUCCCCCUGGGUCUCAUCCUUCCCUCUCCUCUCGGGUCUGAGCCAUUCCUCAUCCUUUCUGAACUUUCUUUAUGUAGACCUAUAG